AUGGGAGUCAGCACUUUCAUUCGCUUUCAGGACGAUCAAGGCUACAGCCAGUACGGAGAGCCUGCUUUAGAGGACCUUGCAGGAAACUUACUGGGGGCGACAGUUGAUGUCUUGGAAGGUAAUCCAUUCGAUGGACUGAGACGAACCGGAUUGCAGGGGAAGGUGGGCAAGGUUCUUUGUCCUCUUACGUCAACUCCAAUCAUCCUUUGCAUUGGCCUCAAUUACAAACAGCACGCUGAGGAAACUGGUCUUAGCGUUACCCCAAACCCCGUUCUUUUCACCAAAUCUCCCACCGCGCUGUCCGGCCCAUAUGAUGAUGUACAUGUCCACCCUGAUGCGACCCCCAUGCUAGACUAUGAAGGCGAGCUGGUGGUUGUGAUAGGCAAGGAGGCCAAGAACGUCUCAGACGAGGAUGCUCUGGAUUACGUCUUGGGAUACACCAUGGGCAAUGACAUCAGUGCGCGGAACUUCCAGCUGCCUGCCGUCAGUGGUGGCCAGUUCUGCUACGCCAAGUCUUUUGACACAUUCGCGCCUAUCGGGCCUGCAAUCACCACCACAGAGGCUAUCCCAGAUCCCCAAGACCUGGCGUACAUUACCAGGGUCAACGGUGAGCAUAGGCAGGCCACGCCGACAAAUGAUAUGAUUUGGACGGUCAGGCAGAUUAUCGCGCACUUGAGCCGAGGAACAACACUCAAAGAGGGCACGGUCAUCAUGACUGGCACGCCGAGUGGGGUAGGGUUAUUCAUGAAACCAAAGGCAUUCUUGAGGGACCAGGAUAUUGUAGAGGUGGUCAUGGAAGGUUAUGGAGGUCUUAGAAACAAGAUUGUAUUUGAGUAA